CCACGGCUCGCCCCCCCACCGCCUUAUUCGGGUCGAGACCCCUGGCCCCCCAGCCCCACCGUCCGAGGAGCGGGUGUCUGGACCUCCCGCCAGCAGCGACAGGUUGGCAAUUCUAGAAGAUUAUGCGGACCCGUUUGAUGUUCAGGAGACUGGUGAAGGCCCAGCAGGAACUUCAGGAGCCCCAGACAAGGUCCCAGAAAAUGAUGGCUACAUGGAGCCCUAUGAGGCCCAAAAGAUGAUGGCUGAGAUUCGGGGCUCCAAGGAGACAGCAGCUCAGCCCCUGCCUCUGUAUGACACACCCUAUGAGCCAGAGGAGGAGGGGGCCACCCCGGAGGGUGAGGGGGCCCCCUGGCCCCGGGAAUCCCGCCUGCCGGAGGAUGACGAGAGGCCCCCUGAGGAGUAUGACCAGCCCUGGGAGUGGAAGAAGGAGCGCAUUUCCAAAGCCUUUGCCGUUGACAUUAAGGUCAUCAAAGACCUCCCUUGGCCUCCACCGGUGGGACAGCUGGACAGCAGCCCCUCCCUGCCCGACGGGGACAGGGACAUCUCCGGUCCAGCCUCACCCCUCCCCGAGCCCAGCCUGGAGGACAGCAGCGCCCAGUUUGAAGGAUCUGAGAAGAGCUGCCUGUCACCUGGCCGGGAGGAGAAGGGGCGGCUACCUCCCCGACUCUCUGCAGGGAACCCCAAGUCAUCCAAGCCCCUAAGUGUGGAGCCCAGCAGCCCCCUGGGGGAGUGGACAGACCCAGCACUGCCUCUGGAAAACCAGGUCUGGUACCAUGGGGCCAUCAGUCGAACAGAUGCCGAGAACCUGCUCCGGCUCUGCAAAGAGGCCAGCUACCUGGUGCGCAACAGUGAGACCAGCAAGAAUGACUUCUCCCUGUCCCUCAAGAGCAGUCAGGGCUUCAUGCACAUGAAGUUGUCCCGGACCAAGGAACACAAGUACGUGCUGGGCCAGAACAGCCCGCCCUUCAGCAGCGUCCCUGAAAUCGUGCACCACUACGCCAGUCGCAAGCUGCCCAUUAAGGGGGCUGAGCACAUGUCCCUGCUCUACCCCGUGGCCAUCCGGACUCUGUAGAUCUGAGGCCGGGGUACUGUGACAGAUUUGGACCCAGUCCUGUGCCGGUCCCCUGGCUGAGGGCUGUCGUCCUACCGGGGACAUGAGCUCCCAAGCCCUUCUUCCCCUUUCCUGGGAUCGAGUGGAAGCCAGAGAUUCUUUAAUUUAUUCUAAAGGGAAAAGGCUACUGGGGCCUUGGAGUUAGAGGUGGUUUGGAGCUGAGGAGAGAGGAAUCCUUGGGGAGAAAGGAUAGUCCCUGGAGGACGGGGGCUUCAGAACCGCGGGUCUCCUAAGUUUAAGAAUAGCAGCUCCAGCCCCUUUCCGCCCCUAGGGCGACCCCCCUCCCCACCACCGUCUUCUCCCUGGGUCGGUGCGGGGUGGAGCAGGACGUGGACCCGCGGGGCGCCCUGACCAGCUCUCCGUCCCCACCCCCAAACCACCCGCGGGCUCCGCCGAGUCUGGUGCGGGGUUUGGGGAAGGCAGACCCCUGGGAUGGAGAUGGCAUUGGGGCGGGGAGAGGAGGGGAAGAGCUCCGGCCAAAGGGAACGUGUGCGGUCCCGGGGCUGCCCCGGCUCCCCGCCAGAGGCAAUAAAUAAACCAGUCCUGCCAGGCACAGCGGCGUCCACUCCUCCAGCGCCGCCCCCAGGGGUAACGGGGUGGGGAGCGGCGAAGCGAGCACAGAUCUGUUUAUAAAUCAGCUCUAGAGCAGACACAGGCCGGCUGCGAAAAGCGCUUUCGAAGCAUCAAGUUCCUUCCUUUGACGAGAUGUCAAAACAUCCCCCACCGCCUCCGCCCCGGCUGGGGGCCCCCAGUAGCCAGCCCGCCGCGCGGCGCCCCCUCCCCGCCGCGCCGAGGAGCGCGGCUCCCCAGGAGCGCGUCCAAUUUCCUGCCUACAGCCAUUUGUCUGGGAGGAGGGGAGCCGCGGAGAGACAAAGAGGCAGCGCGCCAGGCGCGGGGAGAGGGGCGGCCCUGCCACGCGGAAGCCGCGCGCCCGCGGAGCCGCGAAAGCUGGCGCAGCCGACUGCGUUUCCUUUCCAGAGGAAAUGGGGGCCUGCCGCGCCUCCCCCAUGCCGUGAAGGGCGGGAUCAGACCCGGGGACCUGCAGCCUGCGGGACUGGGCCUGGACCUCCCUUCGGCUGUCGCUCUCGGCCGAGGGAGGCGGGGGCAGGGCAGCCUCGCGCGCCCUCUGCUGGCCGUGUCCCUAACUGCGGACCCAGGGCACGGGACCACACCCACCGGUGGCCUGGCCUGCGCCCCUGCGCUCGGCCACAGCUGGAACCCGCCGCGGCCUGUGGGCCCAGCGCCAGGGAAUAUCCACUGGGCGGUCAGGUGGAGCUGCUCUCAAGUCACGCCUGUCACUCCCUCUCGCUCUCACUGGCAACCUGAACAGAAUCUCCCUGUUGAGCUGAACAUAAACCCUGGGGGGGGGUGGGGGGGGCGAAGGGGCUGCCCUAGGAGGGCAGUCGGAUAACUUCCUCUAGAACCUAAAUCUGCAACUCACAAGUGUGGUGUGACUCAUAAGAUUUUGGGUUUUCUAAUCCAGUGGAUAUUUUAUCAAAAUCGGGGAUAUGUGAUCUGACAAAUGUUGGAAUUCUGUGAGGGACAAUAAAAAGGAUCACUUGAAA